GGGGGCCGCCGCCGGGUCGGGCGCUUAGCACAGCCUCCGCGCCUGCAGUCGGGGGGAUCCGGGGCGGAUCGAACACCCCGACGACGUGACGACGCCCAGCCGGGGUCCGUCGCCCCCUCGCACGGCCAUCCCUCCUCCUCCUUCGUCGUCGUCCUCCUCCUCCUCCCCGCACACAAUGGCUCUGAAGAGAAUCCACAAGGAGCUGAAUGACCUGGCCCGGGACCCUCCAGCACAAUGUUCGGCAGGUCCCGUCGGAGAUGACAUGUUCCAUUGGCAAGCCACAAUAAUGGGGCCAAACGACAGCCCCUAUCAGGGAGGAGUAUUUUUCUUGACAAUUCAUUUCCCGACAGAUUACCCCUUCAAACCACCCAAGGUUGCAUUUACGACAAGAAUCUACCAUCCAAACAUCAACAGUAAUGGCAGCAUUUGCCUCGAUAUCCUCCGGUCACAGUGGUCCCCGGCACUAACUAUUUCAAAAGUACUCUUGUCCAUCUGUUCUCUGUUGUGUGACCCCAAUCCAGAUGAUCCUCUAGUGCCUGAGAUUGCCCGGAUCUACAAAACAGAUAGAGAAAAGUACAACAGGAUAGCUCGGGAAUGGACUCAGAAGUACGCCAUGUAAUCGCCGCGGCGACGCCGGAUCAACCCCGCUCCCAAAUAAAGCCAGGGGAACUCUGACAGAGAGAGGAUCCUUCCGAUUUCCAUUCGAGCGCUUUUCGACGAGCCCACGCCUUCCCCCUUCCCCACUCCCCCGCCCCUUCCCC